GGGGGUCCCCAAGCCGCCCUUUCCUUAACCCCCCUCCCCCAGAAAGACGGGAACGGGAAACUGGGGCUGGUGGAGUUCAACGUCCUCUGGAACCGCAUCCGCAACUACCUGAGCAUUUUCCGCAAGUUCGACCUGGACAAGUCGGGCUCCAUCAGCGCCUACGAGCUGCGCCUGGCGCUGGAGGCCGCAGGGUACCGGCUGAACAAGCGGCUGCACGAGCUGCUCAUCACCCGCUACGCCGAGCCCGACCUGGCCCUGGACUUCGACAGCUUCGUCUGCUGCCUCGUGCGCCUCGAGACCAUGUUCCGGUUUUUCCAAGCCAUGGACGUGGACCAGGACGGCGUCGUCACCUUCGACCUGCUGCAGUGGCUCCAGCUCACCAUGUUCGCCUGACCGGAUCCUCCAAGUGCCUUCCACAACCCCCGCGCUGGAUUUUCCCUUUUCUUGGCUUUUUUCGGCAGAAAAGGCUGGAUGGGGGGAAGGGGUGGGGGUCACACGGGACCCCCCGAGCUUUGCCAAAGCCCCCCCUGUCCCUCCCCGCCUCACGCUCGGCCCUUCUGGGGCAAAUCCUCCCGAUUUUGGUGCCUCUUGCGCUGACGGAGCCCCGGCCGUCGCCUUCGCUUCAGGGAUCUGCUGCCCCCGGGUGCCAUAAAGUGGUUUUUUAUUGUAUAAAUUAAAAACGACAUGAAAACUAAAGGGAAAAAAA